CAUUCAAAAGAAAGGAGCUGGAGAAAUAAAAAGAUAAAGUGGUCUAAAAAUACUCAAUAAAGAGGGUGUUCAACACAGUAAAAGAUGGUGCCUUUGUAAAAAGCUUCUUUUUUUUAGAGAGAGAGAGGGGGGACGUGCAGCAGGACUCACUACAUACAUACACGAUGUUUGUGAAUCAAAUGUAGUGGUUUUGUUUCUUUCUCCCAUGUUUUGCCAAUGAUCAUAAUAAUGUCUCUCAUUCCUAGCCACUGCCUCCUUCUUCUCCUCUUCUCUCUUCCAUUUUUCUUCACUGUUACUGUUUCUUUUGAGCCUCGCAAUCAAGAAGUUGAAGCUCUAACUGCUGUAAGAGAAGGGCUGACUGAUCCUCAUGGAGCUCUCAGCAAUUGGGAUGAGAACUCUGUGGACCCUUGUAGCUGGUCUAUGAUAACUUGCAAUUCUGAUAAUCUUGUUACUGCCUUUGGAGCUCCUAGUCAAGGUUUAUCAGGCUCUUUGUCUUGGAUGAUUAGCAACCUCACAAACCUCAAGCAAAUAAUGUUGCAGAACAACAAUAUUUCUGGCCAUAUUCCAAAGGAAAUAGGCUAUCUCCCAAAUCUUCAGACACUGGAUCUUUCCAACAACAAGUUAUCUGGCCAUAUCCCUGAGUCUUUAGGUCUCUUGAACCACCUACAGUAUAUAAGGUUGAACAACAAUACUUUGAGUGGGCCUGUUCCUCUGCCUUUGGCCAGUCUCCCUCGUCUUACUUUCUUGGAUUUGUCCUUCAACAAUCUCAGUGGACCUGUGUCUACUUUUCCUACCAAAACAUUUAAUAUUCUUGGAAAUCCUCUGAUUUGUGGAAGCCACUCUAGUGGGAAAUGCUCUGAAUCACUCCUGGCUAGUCCUCUUUCAUUCGACGUCGACCCCUCUUCCGGAAGGGCCAAGACAAAGAAAUUUGCAAUUGCACUCGGAGUGAGCCUUACAUUUGUCUCCAUUUUAGUCUUAGUAUUAGGCUUUCUCUUCCACAUAAGAAACAAGAAGAGGAAGCAAUCAGUUUUAAACAUUACAGAUGUUCAAGAAGAGGAUCUUAUAAGACUAGGGAACCUCAAGAACUUCACAAUCAAGGAGCUACGACGUGCCACAAACAACUUCAGCUCUAAGAACAUACUUGGAGCUGGGGGAUUUGGCAAUGUCUACCGCGGGAAACUGGAAGAUGGAACGCUGGUUGCAGUGAAGCGACUGAAGGAUCUGACGGGAACUACGGGGAUAUCACAGUUUAGAACGGAGCUUGAGAUGAUCAGCCUGGCGGUUCACAGGAAUUUGCUUCGUAUCUUUGGAUACUGUGCCACCCAAAAUGAGAGGCUUCUUGUGUACCCUUACAUGUCUAAUGGGAGCGUCGCGUCAAGGCUUAGAGGAAAACCGGAGCUAGACUGGAACAUGAGGAAGAGAAUUGCAAUCGGGGCUUCAAGGGGUUUACUGUAUCUGCAUGAGCAAUGUGAUCCAAAGAUAAUCCACCGAGAUGUGAAGGCUGCCAAUGUCUUGUUAGACGACUACUAUGAGGCGGUUGUGGGCGACUUUGGACUUGCAAAGCUUCUCGAUCAUGCUGAAUCUCACGUGACCACAGCUGUCCGUGGCACUGUAGGGCACAUUGCGCCAGAGUACUUGUCCACCGGCCAGUCAUCAGAGAAAACUGAUGUGUUUGGGUUCGGGAUUCUCCUGCUGGAGCUCAUAACCGGAAUGAGGGCUCUCGAGUUUGGGAAAACAGUGAGCCAGAAAGGAGCCAUGCUUGAAUGGGUGAAGAAGGUGCAACAAGAGAAGAAAAUGGAAUUACUGGUGGACAAAGAACUUGGGAUGAAGUAUGACAGGAUUGAGGUGGGGGAGAUGCUGCAAGUGGCUCUGCUCUGCACUCAAUACCUACCCGCCCAUCGCCCUAAAAUGUCGGACAUUGUGAGGAUGCUCGAAGGUGACGGGCUUGCUGAAAAAUGGGCAGCGUCACAUAACUUGGUCGACAGUAGCACUUCAAACAGCAAGAUGCAUCUGUGCACCACCACUACUACUGCUGGCUUUGGACAUGAUCAGUCGAGCGUGUUUGGGAUGGAGAAGAACAUGGAUGAUGAUUGUGAUGCCAACUGCAUGGAACUUUCUGGUCCACGAUGAAAACAUCAUGGAGUAGUAAAUAUUAGAAAUGAGAAGAGUCAGCUUUGCACCUCAUAUAUAUAUAGUUCUAUUCUUGUGCGGUAUAUAACUACAAAUCCUUUAAUUUUUUGUUUAGGUAGUCUAGGAUUUUGUUGAGGUUCCUUGUUUUCACAAGUUGGCGCUUGUAAUUUGUUGAUGUUUGUAGCAGAAGCAAAGUGGAAAUAGUAAUUGUGCCACUGUAGUAGAGUGGAAUGACCGUUGUUGGAUAGCAUAGCAUAGUUAGCAACAAAAACAUCUGUAAAAAGGUUUAUUGUUGGAAUAUUCAUUCCCUUUUCCAAGUA